AUGACCCGCCGCAAGGACUACAACUCCCGUGGUGCCCCGCGCGGGACGCAGGCGCGGCGGCGGGUUUGCGGGGGCGUGCCGCGCGCUGAUUGGCUACGGCGGUGUUCUCUAAAGGUGGUGCGCGCGCAGAGCGCCGUGUUGACUUCCGGGAAUCGGGGAAGCCUGGACAAUGGGGACCCCUGGGAUCCCUGGGACAACAAGGUGGAGAACCUGGAGAAGGGGAGUGUCUCUGAACGUGGCACCCUGAAGGAUUUUCCUUCCAAAGCUUGGCCAGAUGAAGGGAGGCUGCGAGGAGAGGAAGAUGCCCUUGGGCCCCCCCGGCAGACCCUGGUGGGAGAGGCCGUUUUGAAGGGCUCCCCGGCGCAGGAAGGCAGUGGGGAGGAAAAGGGCCGGAGAUGCCCCCGCAGGAGGGGCUGCAAAGCCAACCCAGGGGGCUGUGAGGAGGAAAGAACCAGCCUGUGUCGGGAAGGCGACUGGAGCUUGAGGCAGAGCUCUGAGCUGGUGGUCCCUGAGCAGCCUCCCAGCAGGGAGAAGCCCUUCAGGUGCAUGGAGUGUGGGAAGAGCUUCAGGAAGAGCAGCAACCUCUUCACCCACCAGCACAUCCACAACCCUAACCCCUACACCUGUGGGGAAUGUGGGAAGAGCUUCAGGGGCAGCUCCAACCUGAUCAGACACCAGCAUAUCCACACUGGGGAGUGGCCCUACAAGUGUGGGGAAUGUGGGAAGAGCUUCAGGGAGAGCUCCAGCCUGAUCCGACACCAGAUGAUCCACACUGGGGAGCGGCCCUACACAUGUGGGGAAUGUGGGAAGAGUUUCAGGGAGAACUUCAUCCUGAUCCGACACCAGCGCAUCCACACUGGAGAACAGCCCUACAUGUGUUGGAAAUGUGGGAAGAGCUUCAACUGCAGGUCCAACCUCGUCACCCACCAGCGCAUCCACACUGGGGAACAACCCUACAAAUGCUUGGAAUGUGGGAAGAGCUUCAGGCAGAACUCCCACCUGAUCCGCCACCAUCGCAUCCACACCGGGGAACGGCCCUACAAGUGCUUGGAAUGUGGGAAGAGGUUUCCAACCAGCUCACAUCUCCUCAGGCAUGAGCAGACACACACGGAUGAGAAGCCCUUCCGCUGCACCGACUGCGGGAAGGGCUUUAAGGAGAACUCCAACCUCAUCAUCCACCGGCGCAUCCACACCGGGGAGAGGCCCUACAAGUGUGAGGAGUGUGGCAAGAGCUUCACCCAGAGCGGUAACUUGACCUCACACCAACGGACCCACCAGUAAGGGCCCCCUACGAGUGCCCCGACUGCGGGAAGAACUUCGACCACUGCUUCCACCCUGAAUACACCCCCUGAUGGGGAGGCAACCCCUGGAGUCCAGUGACUGUCAGUCCAUCCCUUUCGACCACAAAGGCCCAGUCCCCUUUCCCAGGGGCAGCUUCUUCCAACAGAACCCUUCUUGCAGGGUGUGUGGAGAUUCCUGCCUUGGCUGGGGACCCCCCAAGGUCACUGCUGGAGGUUGAGAGCAGAGAUCUUCCCACGAGCGUUGGUCUGGGGGAGUUCCAUCCAUCUCUAAUUAAGAAUUAUUGCUUUUGUGCCAACUUGAGUAGAAUUGCUUCAACAAUUGUUUUACUGUAGAGCACUGUCCUAUCUUAUCCUGUACUCCUGGUAGUUUUAGUGUUUCUCUUGUGCAGUCAAUAAUUCUGAUGAAGAUGUUUUGUCUGAUCAUUUGUAUCCCUAAAUAAUUCAUUUCUACCAAUAGAUUUUAUUUGCCAUCAUUAAA